AUGGAAUCCCAGAAGGAAGAAAUUCGACUUUCAUAUGUCCCUCUUCACGAUGAUGCAGAGAGCUCAGCGAGGGCUAGGACGCGUCCUUUGUCUUCGGCUGAGCAAGUGUUCUUGCAGUCCCAAGUUAAUAGCUUCUGGGGCACAAGUUGGACAUGGGAGAUUCUGAGCUGUCUCAGUGCAAUGGCUUUCUUUGUCGCUAUUAUUGUGGUUCUCUGGUACUAUGAUGGAAGGUCAAUGCCCGAUUGGCCUUACGGUAUCACUCUCAACGCCAUGAUCUCCGUUUUCAGUACAAUUAUGAAAGCUAGUAUGGCAUUCAUUGUCGCUGAAUGCCUAGCUCAACUGAAGUGGUCGUGGUUUCGUGGUGGAAAUAAGCUAAGUGAUCUGGCAAUGCUUGAUGCUGGAAGUCGUGGAGCAAUGGGCUCUCUUCGUGUUCUCUUUAGGACUGUACCUCGGCAUCUUGUCACAUUUGGAUGUCUAGUUUUAGUUCUGGCAACCGCUACAGAUCCGUUCGUUCAGCAAGUUAUGGCCGUGAAGGAACGACAAAUCCAGGCUCCCGGCAACUCCUCAAUCCAGAGAUGCAAUACGAGUACCUAUACAGAUUAUAGCGAGGGUGCAGGCCCCGGAAUGAACGAAGUUCCUCUUGUAACACUUGGGGCUAUAUAUUCCGGUCUUUUCGAAACACAAACGGCGAACAGCAGAAGUAUUAUGAUGGACUGUCCGACAGGAAACUGUACUUUCCAGACAUAUCAGUCUCUCGGGUUUUGUAGUAGUUGUGCCAACAUUACAGACUCCCUUAAGCUAUCGACCACUAGCGGGGCCAUGCCUACUGAGAUGGAAUACAACUAUACACUACCAAACAAAUUCGUGUUUUCAACCUCUAUAAACAACAUGAAAUUGAUGAAUGCGACAGCGAAUAUUCCUCUAGUCAAGAUUGACACAGCGGGAUCAAAGCCAAUUGUCAACUUUACCGCGAUUAGUGCUGCAGGUUACGGAGUACCACCCCAAAUCAGCGCAACUGAAUGUGCAAUUUUCUUUUGUGUCGAUACCUACGAAGCCAAUGUUGAAGGAGGCAAAUUUUCGGAGAACCGCACUACCUUCUCCACAUCGUCAAACGCCUCUUCUAACGUCCUCGAAGACUUUUCCUUGACGCCAGAUACAUGUUAUAAGAAUGGAACAAGGAUAGAAUACCCCGAGGAAAACCCCGAAGACUGCACCUACAACGUCAACGCCUUCAGUCAACUGUCCAUGUCAAAUUCACUUUCUCCUCUACUGGAAGGCACCGGAUCUCUCGGUAUGGUAAACAGACCAGAAUGGUCCCCAAAGUCACUUAAGGCCCUCUACGGCGAUUAUGGCAAUUUCACAGAAAUAAACGCCGUGUUCCAAUCUUUAGCAACAACUUUGACUAUCAAUGCACGGUCAAAAAUUUGCGAAGAGAAAGUCAAUGGAACCCCUUGGACUGACCAGUCCUUCGUUCAAGUCAGGUGGAAAUGGAUGAUUCUACCAGGAGUACUGGUUUUGUUCAGCGUCAUCUUUUUGGUGAUCACGAUCGUGCAUACCAGAGAUCAAUAUAUUUGGAAAUCUUCACCCUUAGCUCUACUUUUCUCUCAGCUUUUGGUUGAUGAUCCACUUCCGUUGAAGUCUAACCCUACGCUCCGAGAUAUGGAGAAUACCUCUAGAAAUAUGGAGGUUCUGUUGGAGACUACUGCUCAGGGUGUUCGACUGAAGACUAUUCCACGCUCUUAA